UCUAAACUGAUUUUACAGAUCAAAAUCUAGAUCAACCUCCCGCUCACUGUCAAGAGCAUCUCUAGCUUCCAAUAAGUCGAAUAAGAAGAAAGCACAGGAGACGCCAACAGAGUCCAAAUCUGACACCAAACCAUCAAAACAGGCAAGUGAUGGGGCAACUGCAACAAACAAGAAGUCUCCAGACACCAAAACAUCUAAAGAAUCAACUAAAAAAACCGCUGCAAGCAGCAAAAAAUCAGAGCAUACAAAACCACAAAAAAACACUCCAGAGCAUGAGAAGUCCAAAACAAACGCUUCUGAUAAUUCCAAAACGGCGGAAACAGAAAAUACUGACAAGAAGGUAUCAGUUAUCCAGAUACAAGAACAGAACCAGGAUGAAGAACCAGAUGAAGAUGAGGCUCAGGUCAGAGGUGAAGACAUGGUCAAGGACAGUGAUGAUGCUGAGGAUACGAUGGCUCACCGAAACAGAGGGAAAGGUCAUAAGGAGGGUGUCGACAGGCCUAAGUCUCGACUUGGUGAACGUCCACGUGCUAAGGACAAUAGUGACGAUGACUACAGCUCCGACAGCGAGACUGACAGCAGCAGCAGUGAUGAGUCGGAAGCUGAAACAAGCAAGUCUCUAUCAAAAUCAGAACCAACAGAGUCUCAGACAAGAUCAGAACCAUCUAAGACAUCAAGCUCUUCUCAGAAAGCAGGCUCUGAAGCAGCAUCGCCGGGUUCCCCUCCCAAACCCGAGGUGGUGACAACCCCAAGUACUCCACCCAGAUCCGAGAUCUCCAAGACAGAGGGUUCUCCCCCAAAGGAUGGCGACCAUGAUGCCUCGUACUCUGAAGAUUUCUCCGAAGCUUCCCAGAGUGUGAGUAAGUCCCAAGCAAGUAAAACAGACGACAACAAGAGACAGUCAGACAGUUCAACUAGUGGAAAAUCGUCAGACAAAAGCCAAUUAAAACCUGCCCCUGUGUCUGAAUCCAAAGGACAGUCAUCUUCUGAUUCUGAAAGUGACACAAGCUCUUCACUCAAACCAGCACAACAGGCAACAUUAUCUUCUGACACACCCAAAACAGAUGAUACUUCCACAUCUACUUCAGUACCACAGGUCAAGGUCAGUCAAGAUGACACCAAGGUCAAUCAAGGAGACACCAAUGUCAGUCAAGAUAAAAACAAGGUCAGUGAUGAAUCUUACUCUGAAGAUUUCACAGAAUCUUCAUCCAAAAGUCAAAGUGGUGACAGAGUGAAAGGUGAAAAGUCACCAGAGGUCAAGGUCAAGGGUGAAAGGCCAGAGGUCACAUUCAAGGAGGAAGUCCAUAACAGUUCACAGAACACAACUGAACAGAAUGAAGAUACCGGCAACAAAUCUAAUCGUGGAGAGGAGUCUUACCAACGAGAAAGAAGAGACUCCAUUGAGAUGGAUCGGGAAGGAAGAGUGAAAGACUGGGAUAAGAUAGAAUAUUGAUGAAUUUUGGGGAUUGUUUUUGUAAUUCCCAUAAUAAUAUUUUGCCUGGAGUAUUGUGGUAGAAUACUUUUUGACAUUUGGGACAACAUUGCUUCUUACAUGCAUUAAAUCCUGAGCCCAUACAUGACAUUUGAAUAACAAUCAUUGAAAACAAAUUAAAUGUCAAUCAUCAAAAAUCCUUUUGUAUGCGAAACAUUAUCACUGCUUAAUGCUUCCAAAUGAUUUGUAAACAUGAUUAUUUCCAUGCUAGUGAGAGCAAUUAUUUAUGGGCGGGCUUAACGUCGGGCUGAUCACCGUCAUAAAAUAGUUCGCCCUGCAGAGUUGUGUCCCUUUCCCGUGCCAGAAACCUAUGAUGAUCUGUGAUACGUUUGUAUCCCAGAGUCACCCUGAUUAUCUUAUCAGCACCAUACUCUAGCUCAUGGGUUUCACAAACGUGGUAAAUAUCACGUCUAAGACAUCACAUCAGGCUUUCAGCUCACAUCAAACUGACAUGCCACGAUAUAACUGAAAUAAUUAUGAAAUCGAGUGGGGAGAUCAAUCAUUACUUUAUCAGCACCAUACCCAUGCUCUUGAUUUUCAAGUGGUCACGGUCUUGACCUUCACCAUGCCUUGUUUUCCUCCCAUAUACACUGAUAUGUUGGUAACUGAACCACUGCUCAGAAUGGUGAUAAAACCCAACUCAUUUCACCAUAUUAUGAUACAAAGGAUUGAAGUAAAAUGUAUCGCUCCUUUAUGUUGUUGUAAACAUAUUAUCAUUACUGUAUUCGACGUAAUAAGCGCCCAGGGCACUCUCAAAACUAGAAAUAGGGGGGCUCUUAUUUGAAUAUAAUUUGGUGAGAGAAAAAAACAGGGUUGAAAGAUUGUAAAUUUCGUGGCUUAU